AUGAUUGAAAAUCCGGACGUGUUCUGUAUUGCCGACUAUCCCCAUCGGGCUGUGCCAACCAAUAUGUUGAAGAAUACUCCUGAUGAGAACGAUCGAUUGUUGGCGCCAUGGUGUUGUGUGGAAUUGACGGAGUUAUUGUUGGCCAUGGCUGGUGAACAGAAUGUGCAAACCGCAGCCAUCCGACUGCUGCAUGGAGCGCUUGAGAAAUGGCCAGACGUGGUGUUGUUAGCGUUGUUUCAAGUUCCGCCUCCAUUGACCGAUUUGCGGCAGAAGUUCAUUGAGAUGGUGCUCCCAGUGUUUAUUCAUCAUCACACAAAUGCUGUAUCGGUACUCAAUGUUAUAUGGAACAGUGAGGUUCUGCCUCGCACGACAGUUCACAACAUGAUUAUCAACGCGUUUCUGGCGUUUCACUCGAAAGCGCCCGACGAUCAACAAAGACUGGCCAGAAUUCUAGAUAUUGCAAAUGAACUGAAACCGGGUGGUUUGGCUGAACUGUUCAGUUGUCCUCAUGUGCCAUUUAUUGUCGAAAUGGGUUUGUUAGCAUCAAAACGGGACUAUUUAAAGCUGGAUAAAUGGUUGGAAGACAAGUUUGCGGAAUUGGGAGAUCCUCUUGUGGACAAUGUUAUCGGUCAGCUACAGCGACGUCUUUUUGUGCCAGCCACAAGCCAGUCGCUUUCACCGGAGACGUUCUCGAUAAUGAUGACGUUUCUACGGAAUCAUUCCACGAAAUUGUCGCCGUUGUCGAAACAAAAGUUCAUCGCACUGACUGAGAAGCUCAAGGAGAUCCAACAACAACAAGUGGGUCUCGCUCGGUUACAGACGAAGGUUUCAUUCCGUUAUAGAUGGACUCGGCCUGUGAAGGACGAAAGCUGA